AUGGCGAUUGACACCUACUCGAAAACGCAGAUGAUUGCGUUGGGAAUUACUUUCCUAAUUCUUCCGUGUAUCUUCGUGAAUCUUCGGGUUUGGGCCAAGUGGGUUUCACGCGGAGGUAUACAAUGGGAUGACUACUUGAUUUUUGGGGCACUGGCUUUCUCAGUCGCAUGUUCUAUCACACAACUCAUAGGUGCCAUCGAUGGCCAGCUAGGACAGCAUCAGACAACCGGAGCCGAUGGAGAGCCACUUCUCAACGAUCCUCGGUUCCUUACCUAUGAAAAGUGCAAGUUCGCCAGUCAAUUGAUGGCCGUCAUUGGUUUGGGCCUGACAAAACUGUCGCUCCUCGUAUUGCUUCGGGGGAUCUUCUCAAUUUCUCGCGUAUUCAACCAUGUCUCGGCGGCCCUGUUAGGUAUUACGGGUGUCUGGACGAUAUCCUUCUUCUUCAGCAACCUCUUCACUUGUUAUCCCAUAACACCUCUAGUCGAGCCAUUCUAUGGCAACAAGUGUAUCGACAGUGUUUCUAUGUGGUAUGCAUCAUGCAUCACCGACGUGAUCAUCGACGUGUUCAUCCUGGUACUGCCUUUACCUCUGGUCUUCAAGCUACGCUUGCCCAUGAAGCAGAGAUUGGCCGUCGCAGGCAUGUUCAUUAUGGGCGCAGCUGUUAUCGCAAUCAGCAUUACUCGCAUGGCCAUGUACUUCCAUGUCGGAACCACCUUUAUGGAGCACUACAACGAUGAAACGUACUAUACUUCUCCGGUCUUUUUCUGGACGAAUAUCGAAAUCUCGCUCGCCGUCAUCCUUGCCUGUCUUCCGACGUUGCGUCCCCUGUGGGUCGUUAUCCGAGGCAGACCGGUGACCUUUGGCUCCAAAUCUUACGAACCCUACAGUUCCUCGAGACAGAGCGGUCGAUCCGCCCGAAAUCAUAAGAGGAUUCCGGACACAGUCAACGAACUAGACACGAUCAAUCUGGUUGAGAGGUACCCUGAAGUUUGA